GGAGGGGGGGAUAGUUCUGUCCUUAAUAGAAGGGAUGACUGCAGAACCCGUCCACUUCACGGAACGUCUCUGAGUCUAAACAUCAUGGAGUUAUUGGUGUCUUGGAUGGAGAUGGCUGGGGUGAAAGUUACACAAGAGCUGAAAAACAUUCAGGCCGAACAGAUGACUAAGCUGCAAGCCAAGCAUCAGGCAGAAUGUGAUCUCCUCGAAGAUAUGAGAACGUUCAGUCAGAAAAAGGCUGCAGUGGAGAGAGAGUACGCACAGACCAUUCAGAAACUAGCCAGCCAGUACCUGAAGAAGGAAUGGCCUGUAGUGAAGCCGGAGGAGCGCAGCGAGUACAGGAACAUCUAUACAGUAUGGAAAUCCUUCCUAGAAGGGACGAUUCAAGUAGCACAAUCCCGGAUCAACAUCUGUGAAAACUAUAGAAACCUAAUCUAUGAACCCGCUAGGACUGUUAAAUUGUACAAAGAGCAACAGCUGAAAAAGUGUGUGGACCAGCUGACGAAGAUCCAGACGGAACUCCAGGAGACAGUGAAGGAUUUAGCCAAGGCCAAGAAGAAGUACUAUGAGGCCGAGCAGAUGGCCCAUGGAAUGCGAGAAAAAGCCGACAUUGAUGCCAAAUCCAAACUCAGUUUGUUUCAAUCAAGGAUAAGUUUACAGAAAGCGAAUGUGAAGUUAAAAGCUCGAAGACAGGAAUGUAACGCCAAAGCCACUCAUGCCCGCAAUGAUUAUCUCCUCACCCUGGCAGCUGCCAAUGCCCAUCAGGACCGCUAUUACCAGACAGACCUGGCCAAUACCAUGAAGACCCUUGAUGGUAACGUAUACGACCACCUGAAGGACUAUCUCAUGGCGUUCAGCAGGACGGAGCUGGAGACAUGUCAGGCCGUACAGAGCACAUUCCAAUAUUUGUUGGAAAGCUCCAGCCGGGUGAUGCGGGAUUAUAACCUCCAGCUAUUCACCCAGGAGAAUCCAGUAUUUCACAAAGCUCAACCAUUUCAGUUCCAGCCAUGUGACAGUGACACGAGCCGGCAGCUGGAGUCAGAGACCGGCACCACGGAAGAACACAGUCUGAACAAAGAGGCGCGCAAGUGGGCGACACGAGUGGCACGAGAGCACAAGAACAUCAUCCAUAGUCAGCGGUUACUGGAUGACCUGGAGUGUCAGAGUACGCCGGCGUCUGAGCAGGGCCGCAUGGAGCUAGAGCAGAAGAUCGAGGAGGUGAAGGAGAGCAUUCGCAAGGCCGAGAUCACUAAGCUGAAGGCAGAAGCUCGUCUUGACCUAUUGAGACAGAUUGGGGUUUCGGUAGACACGUGGUUGAAGAGCGCCAUGAACCAGGUGAUGGAGGAGCUGGAGAACGAGCGAUGGGCCAGUCUACCCACCAUGAUCAACAACGGAUCCUCACACUUGGGGAACGCGGACAUGGACCGGGAGGACGGUGAGGAGCUGGAGGACAGCAUGGACGCUUUCGAUGACAGCAGCUCCAGUCCGUCAGGAACAUUGAGGAAUUAUCCGCUCACAUGCAAAGUCAUCUACUCCUAUCAGGCGUCUCAGCCGGACGAGCUGACCAUAGAGGAACAUGAGAUGCUCGAAGUAAUAGAAGAUGGAGAUAUGGAAGACUGGGUCAAGGCAAGGAAUAAAUCGGGGCAGGUGGGCUACGUCCCUGAAAAAUACCUCCAGUUCCCUACGUCAAACAGCCUCCUGAGUAUGCUGCAGUCCCUGGCCGCCCUAGACAACCGCUCUCACACGUCCAGCAAUUCAAAUGACGCCGAAAUGGCUUCCGGAAGCAUGAACGGUGACACAAGCGUUUGUUUUGUCAAAGCACUUUAUGAUUACGAUGGCCAAACGGAAGACGAGCUGUCGUUCCCAGAGGGCGCCAUCAUCCGAAUCCUGAACAAGGAGAAUCAGGACGACGAUGGAUUCUGGGAGGGGGAAUUCAAUGGACGCAUUGGCGUUUUUCCCUCCGUGCUGGUGGAGGAGCUGAGCGGGUCAGAGAAUGGCGAUGCCCAUUGGAUCGAAGACAUUCAGGUAUCUCCAUCCCUGAAGCCUCAGAAUUCUCUCCCACCGCUUCCACUGUAUGAUCAGCCUCCCACCAGCCCCAUAUUCAGUCCAGACAAGAGGAACUCCCUGUAUUUCCCACGGUCCCCGUCUUCUGUGACUGAAAAUAAUCUAAAUCUAGAAUCGCCAUCAACAUCACAGCCGCCUCGGAUCACCACCGAUGGAUACCAGAGCAAAUUACGGCCGGUGCGGGCAGCCCCGCCUCCCCCGACGCAAGCUCACCGGCGCCCCCCAGAAAAGCCAGAAGAUGUGGAAAUUACGUUGGUUUAACAACGGCAUCCAUGUAUCUCUGCUGCAGUCGUGGUCCAAAUGAGUCAUUUGGUCCCCAAAAACUUUUCUUGCACCUUGUGCAUAUCGAGACCCUGGAGGAUGGGAGAAAAAAAAAAGACACACAACAUAUCUGGGACAUUUUGUGCCUUUUAUUUUUUUUAUUUUUUUUUAUUUUUUAAUUGCUGUUUUAAUUAUUGUAUCCUACGCCUCCCUUAUCAGACACUAAAUGCGGUGUAAAGUGCAAUCCCAGCGAAUGUGGGAAAGGUCGCAGUGGUACGUUUAAAGCAGAAGCCUCACCCGUCAGAGAAGGAAACAUGUUAAGGGGUCUUUAGCGAUGCUUUGUAUGGUUUAUUUAUUCUUUUAUAUGCACGUAUAGAAUUAUUUUAUUUUAUUUUUUUUUUUUUUUAG